UGCUUUCCUUUUGCGUUUGUGGUGCUCCAAACGGCUUCUGUCUGCGUCUCUGUAGCUUCGAAUUUCUGGGUAAGAUGGCUUCUGUAUUGACAAGGCUGCCUUGCCUGCCAAUGAUGGUGGUGAAUGGAAGACACCCCUAUUUGGGGACACUUAAGAAAUUGGCAAUGCCGAUUGUUAGAGAGAGACAGAAUCGCUUCGAAGUAGCAACCAAAGCAACAGAUAAAAGCUCGGAAACUUCAAUUAUCAAGUCUGUUCAAAAUGUUUGGGAUAAACCGGAGGAUCGGCUGGGCCUGAUAGGAUUAGGAUUUGCUGGCGUUGUAGCUUUGUGGGCUACAAUAAGUCUCGUUACGGUCAUCGAAAAGUUCCCUCUUGUCCCAACUAUACUCGAGCUCGUUGGAAUAUUGUUUUCUUUGUGGUUCAUAAACCGGUAUCUCUUAUACAAGCCUACCCGGCAAGAGCUUUCUCAGGUGAUCGGCAAAGCAAUAUCGGAUAUCCUCGGGCAAUAAUUCGAAGGCCGGAUCGAGCUACCGGCUUCCGGAUGCUUUGCUGUAUAAGUUUCUUGGCUUUUAGCAGGCAAAUGAUAUGCUCGUAUGGAGUUGUUACAUCUAUUUUUGUGUUAUGUAUAAGUUGCAUCUUCUUUA